AAUGUUUUCCGGUGUCUUAGUUUCCCCCCGGUGGGGUUUUGUCUGCCCACCGGCAGCGGAAUUUGUUUUACAGCUUCGUUGGCUGUCAAACCCUCUUUUUAUACUUAAAAUACGUUCCUAUAAACAGUUUCAAGUCCGGAUGUGGAAGAACAGAAAGAAACUCUUCUGAUCGAUGACGUCACUCUGGUCAAAAAUCUCCUGCGCUCUGCCGACCGAUGAAGAACAGUUCCCUCUGCAGUUCAGCGACAAAGUAGAACCAAGUGUGGUGGAAAUACUGAAGCGCUGCCGGAAGCAGUUGUAUGGUAAUGCGGCGGGCGCCAGCCUUAAUCUAAACGCCCAGAUCGUUCUGGAUGUUUCAUGGGAACGACUGAACACAGGGACGUGGCGCCACGUGGACAAAGAAUGGAGACGGGUUUACUCUUAUGGCUGCCUCUUCAAAGUGGCCGCCCUGUGCCGAGAAAAUCCAUCGCAGGAGGAGGUCCUGCAGGCCGUCAGGACUUGUGACAUGGGUUUACUGAUGGGUGCGGCCAUCAUGGAUGACAUACUUCAAGCUCUUGUUCAUAUUCUGCAAAAUGAAAUAGGUAGAACCAGUAAAGAAGAGGAGAAAAGUGUAGAAGUUGUUGCCAAGAAAUUAAAGACAGAGAGCCCCCGCAGUCCUUCAAUCAGAGAAGACAAGGCAGUGCCCAGGAUCAAGUGUCCUUCCCUGGAAAGCUUCAGCACAAACUACCUGCUUCCCCUCAAACCGGUGAUUUUAGAAGGGAUCAUCGACCACUGGCCCGCUCUCAACAACCACCCCUGGAGCAUAGAGUACCUGAGAUCUGUGGCCGGUUUUCGGACCGUUCCUGUGGAGGUGGGGUCCAGAUAUACCGACGAAGACUGGUCACAAACUCUUCUUACCGUCAAUCAGUUUAUCGAUAGUUUCAUUCUAAAUGAAGUCUCCCAGGAUGGAGGUAAAAGUCGGGGUUAUCUUGCUCAGCACCAACUUUUUGAUCAGAUACCAGAGUUAAAAGAAGAUAUUCGCAUCCCAGAUUACUGCUGUCUGGGUGAAGGCGAUGAGGAUGACAUCACAAUAAAUGCAUGGUUUGGACCUGCCGGCACUGUGUCACCGCUACACCAGGAUCCCCAGCAGAACUUCCUGGCUCAGGUGGUAGGAAGCAAAUACAUCCGUCUGUAUUCCCCAGACGACACGGACAAGCUCUACCCGCAUCAGUCGCAGCUUCUUCACAACACCAGUCAGGUGGAGGUGGAGAAUCCCGACGCUGAGCUUUUCCCGGAGUUUUCCAAAGCUCCGUAUCUGGAAUGUGUUCUGGAGCCAGGAGACGUGCUGUUCAUCCCUGUCAAACACUGGCACUACGUCCGAUCCCUGCAAGUCAGCUUUUCUGUCAGCUUCUGGUGGUCAUGACCACAGAUUUGUAAUAAAACAUGAACUGAACAACCUACAGUUUGGAAACAUGUUUGAGUUCUGAAGACAUUAAGGAAAUUUCCCUCGCCUGUUUUAUUUAAAUUUUACUUAUUUCCAUGUUUCUUUCUUUAAAUUAUUGAAGAACAGUUUAAUCUAUUAGGAAUAAUUGAAUGUUAAGUAUCACAAUUUGAUGCUUACCAUAGAAAAUUUCUAAAUUAUUCUAUUUUCAUCCAUGCUGAAUUUCUUUGGGGGCUAUGGGGUUGCUGGAGCCUAUCCCAGCAACUGAUGGGUAAAGGGUGGGUACACCUUGGACAGGUCGCUAAUCUGUUCCAGGGUUCAUCCUAUUUUUUUUUUUUUUUAUUUAAACAAUUGUUAAGAACUCUUUUUAUUUCAUACAUCAUCACUUUUAUUGGUGUUAUUUCUUUUUAUUCUUUUUAUUUUUUACCCAAACAUUUGUAGAGCUAAGUGCAAACUGAACUGUGUUUAAGACUUGUUAAAUAAUCACAACUUAAUAUUUGACACAUGAUUUAUCAAUUUAAACAACAAUAAUCAGAUUUUUUUUAUUUUAUUUUAAUUCUUUGUAAAUAGUUAAACUCAAAAAAAGUCACUCAUGUAAACUUAAAGAUUUUUAAAUUCUAACCCAAACUAAUUUUUUUGGUUACAAGGUACAUUUCAACUGUGAAACACAAUGUGGAAAAAGAAUCCAGAAAAUCACUUUGCUUGAUU